UUUGACACUAACCGUUAAACGCUUCUCGUGUGUGGCUUUGUGUAGCUCCCCGGCGGCUCCGCCCCUCUCACUCAGAUGUGCAUGCCCACCUCCCACCCCACUCUCAAAAAAGAAGAAAAAAAACGGAAGAAAAGAAAGGGGUCCAGCAUUACCAGCAGCAACUAUGUGACAGACAGACAACGCGGAUCCUCGGCUCUGCUCGCAGGUAUCCGCGGAAGCACAACCGAAUCACCACCACCACCACCUUUCUCCGGACGAUCGUGGCAACAUCCCGGCAGCGCUCCUGAGGCACUCCAGCUGACGUCUUGGCUGACCCCGACCCACCUCCCUGUCCCCGCCCCCACCCCCCACUCCAGCUGCAGGGCGUUAUUGUCGGUGAGCCCUGCUCAGUAAUGAAGUCCAGCAUGCGGCAGUGGAGGAGGCUCAUGUUAGUGGGAAUGCUGGCCUGGGUUCUCAUCUUUCUGGCCCUUUUCUCCUACUUCCUGGAUGCCCGCGUUAACAAGUCGCUGACCUCCGCCGGCUCCCUGUUUUCCCAGCACCCCGAUACCCGCCGCCUGGCUUCCAUCCAGGCCUCCCAUCAGCAGAACCCCAUCGUACUAUCCAGCUCGACCCCCACCUUGCCGGACCCCGAGUCUCACACCAGCUCUGUGGUCUCCAGCAGCAGCGCGCCCUUUGCCAACUAUGGCACCCAGGAGGUCAGUCGGCAAGACUACAUGGACCCCCAGACUCUGGCGGCCUGGUCUUCCUUUGGCACAGAGAAUGUGGGCUCUCACUCUGACCCGGUGGUCCAAAGUCGUGAAAUGACUUCCCAUAUUACGGAGCAUCACGACCGCCUGAGCAGAGCACAGCCCCAUGGAAGAGAGGAGGAGGAGGAGGACGACCAAGAUGAGAGAGAAAAUGCGGAUGAACUGAAGACAAACAGAGUAAGAACCGAAGGUGUCAAGGCGGCUGGUGAUGCCUCCUUAAACAUGGACGAGAACUACUCAUCCAAGUCGGCAUUGCUGUUGAAGCGCCUGUGGCAGGGUCGCUUGUCCGCCGACAUGCUGGACCCGAGGCUGCAGCAAGCCCGGAAUGAGUACAUGAAGACCAACAAACACAACGUGGCCUUCGAGGGGCCCCGCCGAGCCGCUCAAAGUGCCAAGCAGCUGCUGUGUCAGAUGAAGACUCAGGCCCAGCUCAGCACCGUAGAUGGAUCGGAGAAGCCCUUCUCUUCAUUCGGAUGGGCCCGUCUCGUGCCGUCUCUCCCGCUGGAGCAGCUGCAAGGUGGGAGGAGCUUCAAGACCUGUGCCGUGGUCGCCUCUGCCGGCGCCAUCCUACGGUCGAGACUGGGCAAAGAGAUUGAUGCUCAUGACGCCGUGUUGAGGUUCAACGCGGCGCCCACCGAGGGCUACGAGAAAGACGUGGGGAGCAAGACCACCAUACGCAUCAUCAACUCAAUGGUAAUGGCAAGUCCAAAGCGUCACUUCCAGACCAGUUCUCUUUACAAGAAUGUAACGUUGGUGGCAUGGGACCCUGCGCCUUACACUCUCAACCUUCACAAGUGGUACGCCAGUCCAGACUACGACCUGUUUCGGCCAUACGUGGAACACCGCAAGUUGCAUCCCGACCAACCCUUCUACAUCCUCCAUCCCAGAUAUAUUUGGGGCCUCUGGGAUGUGAUUCAGGGCAAUACUCGGGUGAACAUCCAGCCCAAUCCUCCGUCAUCCGGCUUCACAGGGAUCCUCCUGAUGAUGGCGCUGUGCGAGCAGGUGCACGUGUACGAGUACAUCCCAUCCACGAGGAAGACGGACCUAUGUCAUUACUACGAGCGUUACUUUGACAUGGCCUGCACUCUGGGUGCCUACCACCCCCUCUUGUAUGAAAAGAGCCUCAUCAUGCGGAUCAACAGCGGCUCAGAGGAAGACCUGCGCAGAAAGGGACGGGUCACGCUCCCCGGCUUCCGCACCUUUGACUGUGACUUCUGAACAUAUACGAGCUGAACCACUGAGCCUACUUUAUGUAACUUUGACCUUUUCUGGGCCCACUUAGGGUGCCGUGCAAUAAAGCCACUGGAGACGACGAGGCUGCGAUGGAGAGAUGGGGGUAGGGGGUAGGCUUACAAGUUUUGGAUUAGUUUGUCGAAAAACACAAGCCAUAGACCUUCAGGGUGGUGGGGGAUCAACAGAGAGGCUUUGGGGAGAGCUUGUUUUCAUCAAGAUGUUCUUUGGGACUACAGGCUGCCAAAGGGGCGGGGGGGGGGGGGGGAUGCCCUCGUGACAGCUUUGAAAAAGACAUAUCUUUCUGCUUUAGCUGAGCCAUGUUAGCUAAGGAGCUGACUUGGCGUAGCCACAAAUUUUAAAGAGUUUUUUGGGAAUUUUCAACAGUGGUUUAAUUGGUGUUGUGUCUUUUUUAAGAGUCGGCGUGGUUAUUCACUUCAACACUGAUGCUCGCCGUCUAACCCGUUUUUGUACUCAUCUGAAGUCAUCUGGCAAGUUGUUAUUUGCCUUUCGGGAAGUGUAAACAACCAGUUCCGUGCCCCGUUUGCCUGAUAACACGACUUGCCGCACGACCCUGCGGAUUCAGAAACCGGCAGUUGCCUCCCUAGUUUAGUUGAUGUGUAAGAUGGGUGUCAAAUUGGUGCUGACGGAUUGUCGGUUGGUGGAUAGGGAAUGGGGAAAAUAUUUUCAAUCGUGCAUUAAUUUCUGUACAUUCUUACAUAAAUGUACGUCGCAAACUUGGUGACUUGUUUCAUAUUAGACGAAUGACUGUUGAAUAUGUUUGUGGUUGCGGACAUGGUUCCUGUUUGACGGAAUCAGAGGAUGACAAAGUUAGAUGGGAACAGCUACGAUUUACCGUGUAUAAAAGAGAAGCUCAGUGAAGGAUACUUUGAACUUUGAACUGGAUUGCUGCUUUGGUUGAAUGGUUGUUGAUCUUUCUAGCAAGAAUAUAAAAUCAUAUUUAAGCUUAUCCUAAAUGUUCUUGAGGUGAUUCGAACUAGCAGUAGGGUAGGACAGGCAGGUAGAUAGGCAAGUUGGUUAAGGUAUACUGUAGGUUAGAAAAGUAGAGUGUAGGCUAUGAGUGUCAGGAUAGGUAAAGCGGGAUACACACAUACUGACAAUCAGACCAAAUUUGCGCCUUUUCUUUCUGAUUAAAAUCGGCAAUGGCUGGAAUUUCAGAUGUGUCCCCAAAAAAAAGAUCCUGGGUGACUAUCCUGUCGUGUGGCUGGGGUCAAAUGAUAUUUUUGUCUUCCCAAUCUGCACAAUCACCCAGUCGUGAAUGUGAAAAAAGUUUAACUCGCUCCCAAAGACGGUUUUAAACGUCUUUUCAGACUUGGUCCAGAAUUGGCUGGUACUGAAUGAGUUAAUAUUUCCGAUAGCAAAUCCUUAUGAGUGUUGUCAACACAACGGUAGAGUCAUGGACGCCAUGAUUGUGACUUCUUCGAUUUCUUCUUUGCGUAUUCCGGAGGUUCAGGUGCCUUGUGGUACAAUGCUGCCUUUCACAGGUCAGUAUUGGCACUACAACAGACACCUGCUUUGGGGAGGACACUCAACAUUAUGUUUGGUGUGCUGACAUUUCCUGGCCAUGCAAGAAGCAAAAUGCCCACUCACUUAGUCUGGCUCUGUGAUAUUUUGGGAUUUCCCAAAAGGGACCCGUUUUUAAAGAUGUAGUUGAUGAUCAAGUUGGACAUAAUGACUAAUAACAUAAUGACAUAAUAACUACGGAGGAUCCCGGAAGAAGACUUCCAGGAGUCCAUGAAAGGGUGGUAUAUUUAACUGGGGAGAGUGCGAUAAUACUCCAGGGAGAUUUCAUUAAAGGGGAAAAUUUGAAAUUUGAAUUUGAAAUGUGUCUUCUCUCACCAGUCCUGAACACACUUUCUUUAUAUUUGUUUGUCCUCUCACAUUUUAAUUAUUAGUUAAGAUGUUCGAUUGGUAUGUGUGUAACAUGCUUCAGUAGGUAAGGUGAGCAUAGAGGUCGGUAGUCCAGUGAACCCCGUCUUCACGUCACCUUGAGUAGGUUCAGAACAGCCAGACAUCAGUAACCUGGACUCUUGUUCGGCUAUCACUCCUCAUUGAAUGUUACCUUUAGCCGCUGCAUGCUAGCCUCUCCACAAAGUAUGUGGUCCACAGGAGCGGGGGGGUGGGGGAUUAUACCUAUGUUACAUUGUCACAGAGCUAUAGCAAGCUACCUUUAUUUCUACCCGAAAAUCCUCAAAUAUUUCUCGGGACUUGCCAUCAUCCGCGAGGAAUGUGAUUCAGUAAAACCAUCAGCUUUGCUCCGUCUCUGCCUGAGGAGAUUUGAAUUAUUAUGUUUGGGGUUGGGUUUUUUUUUUGUAUAUACCUGCUAGCUCUCAAUUGGGCAAUAUUUGUCUUGCCCAUGAGAGAUUUUCUUUUUAAACACAAAAAAAAACGUAUGCUGUUGUUAUGAAAUGGUCUUGAGCCAAUGUCGGUUGUUUGGUGUGACAAGUGAUGUCACGUGAGUUUUAUAUUAAAUGGAAGACGAUGGCUCUGGAAAUAAAAAAGUUGAUUUCAGGGUUUCUCAACUGCUAGCUGUAUGAAACGGUGUAUUUACGAAAAGAGUGGCCGAAGCUCGUGUAAUGACCACAGUUUACUUGGUGCUUACCAAAACAGCAGCACCUACCAAGGCAGGUUUUUCAGAUUCAAAUUAGAAUUGCAUUCAUGGAAAUGUUUUUUGCUGGAUGCCAUUCGGUUGUUAUGAACAAGUUUUAGAAUGAGCUGGUGUUGCCAUUCCCACCAAUUUGCAUCGCAGUAACUUCUGCGCUCGCCCCACAAUGUGGUGUGCAUCCAUGUUUAUAUUCAGGGGGGAGCAAGCGCGACACACUUGGCCCAGUUUCACACAGUUCCUCUCUAGAAUAGUCCUUUCGAUUGCUAGCUAUUGUAAUAUAUUUUUAUUUGAAGUAUCGUAUUUUAUUUAUUUGUGAAAUGUAAUUGUUGACAAUGACACACCCCAGGCCACUAUAUGAGAAAACAAAGUCCGAACUCCUUAAAAAUAUUGAAAUAUGCAGUGGCCUCUCUUUUGACUACUAUAAAAUAAGACUAAGCUGUAUGGAUCAGAUCAUGUGCUGUGGUACUGUUUAUUUCGAUAUAAAAGUAGGACUGUAUAAUAACUUGUCAAGAUCAGCUCUGAUGGACACUUGGAACAUGAAGGUACUGCAUCACUCUGACAAAUAGACAAUGGUGAAUCCAUAUUUAGAUUUAGGUCAUUCUAGCUCGAGUCGGACAUAAUAACUGAUGACUGGAUUAAUGGAUGGAUUAAUACAUGUCAGCUAUGUGGACAUCCACGUUAGACCUCCAGUUCUUGACAAUGUCUUGGAAAUGGAAGCUCAGUACAUUCCAACAGAGACUUGUGAGAGGAAUAAGAGAGUGAUGAAACAACCUUGAUCAACAAUACAUUCAAAAAAGAAAAUAUACAGUAUAUAUAUAUAUGUGUGUACACACAUACAUAUAUACACACUUUUUGACGAACGUUUCGACUCCUGACCAACCAAUGAAAAAUAAUCACAGAACAAAGAAUGCAAAUAAAAGCGCUAACCCCCCCCCCCCCCAUCAGAAAGUAAGUGAUUUUUAAUAGCUGAGGGAAAUUCGAGCUUGUUCCAAUUAAAUUGGUAAAGGUGAAACUGGAAUUAAGCCACUCCUGGGGAUUUGAUUUCUUGUGACUGUGACACACUGAAAGUGCAACAAGCAUUGAGGAUAGUGUACAUACGUUUCUAUAGAAGUGCACACGGCAUGCAAACCAGGAUGAGGGGCUGGAGAGUUUUGUUCUGUGCUAUACUGUGCUGCAAAUAUAGAAACCCCCUUAUGUUGUAUAUGUUGUGAGAGGCUAUUUAUCUGGUUCUUCUGCUUCAGCGGGGCCAUUUGCAUGCUUGUGGAGAGGCCAAUCCAGUUUGGCUGCAGGCUACUCCCGAGUAGCACUUCAUCUAAUGCAAUUAUUUCAUCUGAACCUCAUGCGCUUGUGCCAAUUUCCUUUUUUUUUUUUUUUAAUUCCUUAUCGCAUCUCUGCGAAGUAACUUUUUCUAUGACCUGUGGUGAAUUUGAGGGAUCUUGCACCUCACUGCCUGUGACAUCUUUUUUGAUGCAGAAGAAGAAAUGAAGCAACACCACUUUCAUUCCUAACAGCCUUAUAGGGUGUUCUUGUUGACUGGUUUGCACAUUUUCUUCUUAGUACACUUGAAUCAAUAUUUGAAUUUGUAUGAUUUAAACGGUUCAUUUUCUAACAAUGUAAAUAAACAUUCUCCAUGUCGAA